AUGGUUGGAACGGCUUCACUUCAAGUUAAUAACCGUAAUGUCGGUUCACUCGGUUUCGGCUUAAUGAAUUUCACAUGGCGCCCUACCAAUACCCCAGACGAGGAAGCAUUUGCCGCCAUGAACGCUGCUCUGGCCGAUGGUGCCAACUUCUUCGUCUCCGGCGAGUUUUACGGCACUCAAGAUCCACAGGACAACCUCUUCCUUAUCAACAGAUAUCUCACAAAAUACCCAGAAAAAGCAGGGAAAAUUGUUCUUUCUGUCAAAGGCGGUGUGAACCUUGCUAUUCGAGCGCCUGAUGGCUCGCCAGAAGGGAUUAGAAAAUCAAUCGAUAAUAUCUUAGAUAAACUCGACGGCAAGGCCAAACUCGACGUCUUUUGUAUUGCCAGAGUCGAUGCCUCAAACCCCGUGGAAACCACCUGGAAGACAAUUAAAGAGGAAUAUAUCGACACCGGAAAGAUUGGAGGGUUGUGCUUAUCUGAAGUAUCCGCCGCUACACUUCAAAAGGCGUUGAAGAUUGUGCCGGUAUCGGUAUUAGAAGUUGAAGUUUCGCUUUGGGCGACGGAGAUUUUUGAAAACGGAUUGGCCGAAGUAUGCGCUGAGCAUAAUAUCCCCAUCGCGGCUUACUCCCCACUUGGAAGGGGUUUCUUGACAGGCCAGUUGAAGCGUCCCGAGGAUAUUCCAGAGGGAGAUAUGAGAAGAUAUUUUGAUAGAUUCCAACCAGAAAAUUUUGGGAAGAACCUCGAGCUUGUUGAAGCCAUUCAGAAAAUUGCGCAAAAGAAAGGUGUUACGCCUGCUCAACUCGCUCUUGCCUGGGUAGUUCAACAGGGGAAGAAGUUCGGAUGUACUGUCAUUCCAAUCUUUGGUGCUACUAAGGAGUCCCAAGUCGUCGAGAACCUUCAAGAGACCAGUUUGACCUCCGAGGAAAUGGCGGAAAUAGAUGCGGUUUUGAAGAGCAUUAGGCCAAUUGGUGGGCGCUACAAUGCAGCUCAUGAGUCAGCUCUCUAUGCCUAA